AUGAACAACCCUCCCGGACUUGACCCUCCCCUGGCAGACUACUUCUGGAUAGCCGGAAUAGACUCCAUCUCUUAUGGAGAACAUCUGGCCCAGGACUCGAAGCCAGCCAGGCGAAGCUUCACAGAACAGUUGCUGGAGGCUAUCGAGGCGGAGGAAGAGGUGCAGGAAAGUCUUCAUGUUCCGAGAAAUGGCCCCUCCUCACAUGGAAUGCCCUCGCCGGAUAGCACCGUGACCAUUGACCCAUUGUCUCCAAUCGGUGAUGUCGGUGAUGCUGUGGAGGCAACUUCUCCGGUACAAGCUAACCCUUCCAACAAUCUGAUCCGCAAUUCAUCAACCUCAAGCAGUUCUACAAUCACAAACAACAAUAGCACUGUUAGUGGUAGUGGCAACCUUAAUAACGAUGGCCGAGUGAGAACAUUCAAAGGAAUGACCGACGAUGACUUCGACAACGCGCUUUUGAAGUUUGCUGCUGAGCGAGACAGCUUUUUAGAUGAUCUUUCAUUCAGUGCGGGUACCAUUGUACCCCACAAGCCUGUCAUGCAUCCCCGCGCUCAGAGAGUCGUCAGUGAGGAUCUGGCUGCCCUUCAGAAAGCCCCCUCGUUGAGACGGAGAAUUUCCUUGAGGGACCUGACAUCCAUGCGGAGAGCUCCGUCUGUUAAUAGAUCUUCUACAGCAUCUGUUCGCACAGCUAGAAGAAUGUCGAAUUACAAUUCUGUCAUUCCUACCCCACAGCCUCUAAAUUCCUCUCCAAAUAUGCAUCCCUUGAAACGCAAGUUCGAACCUGUACUUUUAGACAGAUACCCACCAAAGCAUUUGACGGAGGAGACCAAACGACGUGGACCAUUCCCGGAUUACGUCCCGAUGUUUGCAUUUCCUAACGAUGUGAAUAUUGUCUCGUGUGAUGAGAGGCCUAGAUCCACAUGGCAUGGAUUUACAAUGACUGGUGGUGAUAAUGCACGCCUCCACGGAAUAUGCAUAAUCAUUUGGAUCCCACUUAACCCCAGGGCUGCGGAAGAUCUUGAGAGGAGGUGUGAAGAAUGGAGAAGAGAUAACAUGACAGAUGAAGAGAGAGAGCUUGCUACUAGUUUAGGCGAAAGGCUGGCGGCGGAACGUACAAAGCUGUCUAAGCUUCUGGCAAAACUUCCGUCCGUGGUGAAUAAUCCUGAGGCAAGAGAGGAAUUGGAUGAUCAGAUAAUUGCCACAGAGGAGAAGAUUGGGCUUAUGGCAGAUCUCUUGCGUCCUGUGCGUCAUGGCGCAGCUUCGAAAAUUGAAGGACUGACUGAUGGCGAGACUGGAUUGUGGAUUCCUCGGGCUUAUGGUAUUCUGGGAAAAGAUUCUUCUAUGGUGAACUUUUGGAAGGAGUGGCUGAAGGCAAUUGUUGUGCCCAUGAUAAAUGGAUCAAUUCUUAGGGUUCCUCUAUCUUCGCCAAAGAUCGGGAUGUGGCAGCCCUUAGAGAGAUAUGUUGUCAACCUCUGCUCCGAAGCUCCAGCACCCAACUCCUCAAGAACACAAAUUGAGUUGGCAAUUCGUGAGUUAAGGAUGUUUGCCAGGAAAGAGGCUGGGAAUGAGAUUCCAGGAAGCCGCACUACCGACCUUUAUGCCUUGUUCAGGGCAUUGUCCCUUCCCAACAUUGUAACAAUGUUUGAGUUUGCGCUUGCCGAGUCCCGGAUCAUACUCUUGUCAUCCCACACAUCUAUGUUGCAUAUUGCAACACGUGCUCUGAUCAGCUUGAUGUAUCCUUUACAAUGGCUUGGGAUCUACAUUCCUGUUCUUCCAGCUCGCCUUUUAUCUGCUCUUGAGGCUCCAUGUCCCUACAUCGUGGGUAUAGAGCGUCGGUAUGACAAACUUGAACUCCCCGAGGAGGAUUUUGUCUGUGUGGACCUUGAUUCAGACGUGAUAAUCUCAUCUACACCACCAGUACUCCUUCCAAGGCAGCAGAGAAGGAAGUUACUUUCAUUAUUACAGCUUGCCGCACCUCAUCAUAACCGUUAUGGUGUGCCAGUAGGUCCUCCUCAGUACGCCAUUGAGACCUUCCCUCACAACUCUUUCAUGUCCGAAAAUUCCGGCAUAUUCACCCCAACACCUCAGCCCAGUACACUUGCGAAACUAGUCAACUUGAACUCAACCUCAUUCGGCGACGCUGUGGUUUCCGACUUUGCUCCACGACCUUUGGUAUUUAACGCAUUUUUACAGUCAAAAGGUGAGACCAGGUACGAAAGGCCGGGAACAAGUGGCACAGUUAGAGGGCAAUCCCCGCCCUCCCCUCACUCUCCAAAGUCCCAGAAUUACCCGCCACAAGGAACGAGUCUCUCCAGGAAUGAAACCGGAUUCACUUUGACUGCGACUUUGCGAGGCAAGAGGUCUGGAAAUUUCGAUGCUGCCUCUCGUAGGAGCUCUUCAUUUGGGUUUGAGCUGUUCAACGCUUAUCCCCCUUCCGUAUUUGCUCCAUCCACCAUUGCAGCAUCGACAGUCAUGCCGAACAUGUUAGUGCAGCCGGUAAGGAAUACGGACACCACGAAAUGGGUCGAAGGUCAUUGUUUGCAAUGGAAGACUCACAAUCUUGAAUCUGUUUGCUCAAUUUGUGAUGAAAAGUCAGAUGAGGGGAUUUACUGCUGCGCAAACUGUCGUGUUGCUGCACAUGCCCGCUGCUCUUCUCAAAUUGGUCUCCCAUGCCCUGUAGCUUUCCAUCCUGAUCAAAUACGUGCGGCAUUCGUCAGGUGCUUUGCAAGUUUGUUUUACACAUACCGCAAGUUUCUACUACCGGCCACUGGUGAUGGAAAGAAAGCCGGAAACAUUUACCGUUUCAACAUGGAGGGCUUUCUCAAGAGCAUGCCACAGGAAAACUCGCUCUUCAUCCAGAUGCUUGAGCAGACCCAGGCCUUUAGCGAGUUCAUUCAUGACAGGGAGGCGAAAAAGCCCUCGGACCCGUCAAUUAAACUAUUUGAUGAAGUCAUCUUGUCCAAGAAGAACCGUGGAAAGUCUGGUUUCUUUUCGAAGUCCACGACGAACUAUCUUCAAGACACGUCCGAGCAUAUAUGGCGUACUAUCACUAGUGGAUCACAAAGCUCAAGGCAUCCGACAGUUGCGAGCAAUAGAACACCUGCUAAGCUCGAUCCAACACUUAUGAAGGAGCCAGCUAGACCCAAAAUGCAACAGCAGCCACAGCAACAUGAAGUUCCUGUGAUUCAAGCUCCUACAGAAAAGGCGGAGAAACGCAAAACGAGGAGGUUGCAUAUGCCAACCCUGCAGAUCAAUGGGAAGUAA